CACAACGCCAUGGACCUGACGGCAGACUUCAAUGCCAUAUUGAAGUCCAAUGGCUGCUCCCAGCUGGUCAAGCAGAGGGAGUUUCGCGUCAGCCAGCUGGACGAGUUCUUGAAGGAGGCAUACCGCAUUCGAGCACACAUCGUAGAGCUUCAUACCUACCUUCGAUCCAUACGCCAGAGCUAUCUCUCUAUUGCCCGUCCGCCGCGACGGAAGCAGCAUGCACGAGUCAAUGGCGCGGCCCCGCUGCCGGGAGCGGAUGGGGAAACCAAGUACUUGACGGACAAGGAACGGGAUGAAAUUGACACCAACGCAAAACAGCUGCUACGAGAGCUCAAUCAUGCGGUCAGGGGCCUUUCGGACACGGAGCAGUUGCGGCAAGAGGCGGAACGAACAAUCGCCUACAAGAAAAGGGCCAAGCAGGGCUUGGGCAUGAUAGGACGAUGGGCAGCAGGCGGAGCGCUGACGGCAAAGAGUCCUGAGGAACAACUGCAAGAAGCGAAAGCAAAUACACUGAAGGUACACAGGGAGAGCAUAAUAUGGUAUCUGCAGCGCCAGCUGGAGGAAUGCGGUCGCUUCCAGAGCUCCAUGAUGGAGAUCAGACUUGCGCGGGAGGUGGAGAAGAGCAAGAGCAUCUUGCACAAAGCACGAGCGACGAUACCGAUACCAGAGGAUUACAGUGGCGCCAAUGGAGGCGCGCAUCCGUCCAACGAGUAUCGGGGCAAGACGUCAGCCCAGCAAGACGAGGAAAUCAGGGCCGUGGAGCAACAACUUGAUCCAGAGCAGCUCCAGCUGUUCGCGCAGGAGAACCAGGACAUGCUGAAGCAUUAUGAGGACACACUGGACCAAGUCCGCAUGGCCGAGAAAUCCCUCCUCGAAAUCUCCGAACUGCAGACUACGCUAGCCAACAACCUCAGCAUACAGUCGGCGCAUAUCGAACAGCUGGUCGAGGACUCGCAUUUGACAACGGAGAACGUGGGAAGCGGGAAUAAGGAGCUGCAGAGGGCGACGGAGAGAAGAAGCACGGCGCAGAUGGUCUUUUACGGGACGAGCGUUUUCUGCUUGACGCUCAUCCUCUGGGAUCUGUUCAUAUGAUGUAUCAUACGGGACAUGUCACGAGAGUAGUCGCCCACUAUCAUGGGGCAGAGAAGUAGGUCGGACCAAGGGCCUUCGGAGGGCGGCCCCCAAUAGUGCGAGAAGAAGCCGUCGCCGUCGUGGAAAAGCGGCGCAUGUGAACGGCUCCUGGGCUCGCCGUUGACGCUAGACUUUCUCCACGCCGAUUUGCUCCACCAAGUGCCUCGGUCUAAAUAGUUUUCCCAUGGGGAAAAUCCACCAUAUAGUAGAC